CACGGAGCUUAAAGGAAAAAAAAGCGUAUCGCUUCCGGAGCUUGCGCAUUGUAGAAAUGUGAAUUGAUUCAAGUGGAAUUCAACCUUCAAAAAUGUCUGCACUGUAUAGAAGUUUCAUCGCUGUAUUAGAUAAGCGUGUGCCUGCUAAGUUACGACCGCUAUGGGUACAUCCUGCUGGACCCCAAACUGUGUUUUUCUGGGCUCCUGCUUUCAAAUGGUGCCUUGUAAUAGCUGGUAUUGGUGAUAUGGCCCGACCUGCUGAAAAACUCAGUCCUGCACAGUCAACUGCUUUAGCUGCUACAGGUAUUAUUUGGUCCCGUUACUCAAUGGUAAUUAUACCAAAAAACUGGAGUUUACUCAGUGUCAAUAUAUUUGUCGCUUUAACUGGAUUAUAUCAACUAGCAAGGAUUUACAAGUACAGACAAUCUCUUCCAAAAGAAACUGCUAGUAAAUAAUUUUUGUAGAGAAGCACAAUGUAGUGGCCUUUAUUUAUAAAAUUACUGAAAGUUCUUAAGAGUACAAAAGUUAGUUAAUAAAUUAAAUGUUUUGUUAUUGUUAA